GAGGUCAACUGUAUCCGCUGGACCACUGCUGGAGUAAUCGAAGAAGUCAAGCCGAAACGGCAUCGCUUAAAGUGAUAUUUGAACCUUUGAAGUAGGCUUCUUCACGACAGGCUCCAGUGAUUGGCGAAUCACUGAGUAAUGAGUGAUCGCUAAGUGUCGCUGUACCCCUGAAAAAGCAAAAAGAAGCAGAGAAGCUAAAGGGAUACAUACAGGAGCAAAAAAUUCAUUAUCCAAAAUAAAUAAAUAAAUAAAAAGGAAAUGCUAACUGCUAUAAAUUUCAUGAAUCAUCAAACAUCAUCUCCACCGUUACUUCAAUGUUGCUCAUCUUCUCCGCCUCCAUUGAUCCCCAGGGGAGCGGCUGGAAAAGUUGUGUUAAAAUGCUCGCUUGAGAACCCUGUAUCAAGUAAGGGUGUGGUUAGACGUCUGCUAUCUGGACUAGCUGCCUCAUUAAUAUUUCUCUCCCAAACAAAUAAGGUUGUUGCACUAGAUGUAUCUCAUUCCCACAACAUAUGUCAGCUUGCAAGUGCGGUAGACAAUAAAGUAACUCUUCCACUUGAAGUUAGGUCUGACGAUAAAAGUGGAAAUGUAAUGAGGAUGAGAGGUAUGACAGCUAAGGAUUUUGACCCGGUGAGAUAUUCUGGAAGGUGGUUUGAAGUAGCUUCUCUCAAACGUGGAUUUGCUGGACAAGGUCAAGAAGAUUGUCAUUGUACCCAGGGCGUGUAUACAUAUGAUAUGCAGACACCAGCUAUUCAAGUAGACACCUUUUGUGUGCAUGGAAGCCCUGAUGGCUAUAUUACUGGUAUAAGGGGCAGAGUUCAGUGUUUGUCAGAGGAAGAUUUGGAGAAGAAAGAGACUGAGCUUGAAAAGCAAGAAAUGAUUAAAGAGAAGUGUUACCUUAGGUUUCCAACAUUACCGUUUAUCCCCAAGGAGCCUUAUGACGUGAUUGCUACUGACUAUGAUAACUUUUCUCUUGUAUCUGGAGCAAAGGACAAAAGUUUUAUCCAGAUAUACUCAAGGAGGCCUGACCCAGGACCUGAAUUCAUAGAGAAGUACAAAGCUUACUUGGCGAACUUUGGAUACGACCCAAGCAAAAUUAAGGACACCCCACAAGACUGUGAAGUGAUGUCUAACAGCAAGCUUGCUGCAAUGAUGUCCAUGUCCGGGAUGCAACAGGCUCUAACCAACCAAUUCCCAGACCUAGAGCUGAAGGCACCUAUUGAAUUUAACCCCUUUACUAGUGUGUUCGACACUUUCAAGAAGCUUUUGGAGCUGUACUUCAAAUAGAAAGUGAUCUUGUGUACAUUACUGUCAGCUUUUGUGUUUGUAUAUGCAUAUAUAUAUAUAUAUAUAUAGCAACAGAUUUUAGGCACAAGUCGCACCCUGUAAUUGGGGGAAAAUGGACUAUAAUGCUCAUGUUCUUAUGACCAUGCAAAGCUGGAAUGCAGAAUCAGUCGCCCAUGCAUUUUAGCAAUGUGUUCUUUUGCUUGUGCUUCUUAAUUAAUAUGAACUCAUUGUGGAAGGGACAUUGCUUUAAAGUCUAAUUCAACUUUCUACUUCUGGAAACAUGAUUUUUAGGAUCAUUUUUAUUUGGCUAUGUAGCAAAUGCAAAAUGCUUGCUUUAUUUCAGUGCCUAGGUCCUAGGCAUAUCCUAAUAAUAAUGCAAUUUUAAGUCUUCCUCUCUA